UUGGUGAGAGAAGCAACGCAAGCGUUCGAACGGCUCUCGUUCUGUCUCAGUGUCGGCCGCGUGUUUGAACGGCCUUGCGCGCCGCUGCAUUUUCUGGUCACGAGGAGGGAGUUCUCUAGGAGAGAGUCGCGAAAGCGAUCCCCAAACAGUCCGCGUACUUUUUUUCGUAGCACGCACCAUCCUGUGGCUUCCGUUCUGUCCGCAAACGCCCUGGCGUGUCUGCUGGGCUCGCGCUCCACCCCGCUCCUCUGCUGCAGAAGUUUUCCUCGGCCUAGUUGCUGUUCCUCUCUUUCCAAUUCCGUCCCCGCACUGUCUCCGUGGACUGCAGCCUCGUUCUGUUCUUCUCAGCUUGUGGUUUUCUUAGCCCUGACCGAACGUGGAGAAGAGCGUCUCGCCUGCUUUUCAGCUUUUUCGUCUCUGGGGCUCCUUCCCGGUUUUCCUCACCACUGCGCUCUGUUGCUGGUAGACAGAUUUCCUCUUCACCAACAGAACGGCGAGACUCUCUUGUUUCUUUUCUUUCUUCACCUGUCUUCCCUCUUCAAGUCUGUUCGCUUCUUCUCUGUCUUUCAGUCUCCUCUGCCGGGGAAGUCGGCCCCCGCCUGAGCUCCACUGUCCUCUUCCUGUGCUUCGUGGCACCCUUCAGAGCUCCUCUCGUCCUCUCUCAGUCGUCUUUCUCCUCGUUUGUCUCGUCUUCCAUCCUCCCUUUUCUCUUUCUGCGUGUCCAAAACAUGUCGUUUCUCUCCUCGGCGGCCGGUCCCCAGAGACAGCGGCGAGUCUCUGCCGUUCCCGCGACGCGCAAGAGUCUCCUUCGAUUUUCUUCUCUGUUCCUCCUCUGCCUUCUCUCCCUCUCCUCCGUCUCUGCUCAAGACACCGAGGCAGGCCCGACCGCGGAACCGACAUUCAAAUAUGUCACUUCUACGAUGCUCUCGCAAGUUGUUGUCAUCUUCCUGAUCGCCGUCACGGCCGCUGUCGGCGUCUCCUGUCUCUCCAACAUCGACGUACCGGAGAUCUACUCGAAUCGUCCUCUUGACAUCAACAAGGAGUACUGAAGAACCUCCCGCGUCCAAACACUGCCCGGAACCGAAGACGUCCACCGGUCCACACCGCGCCACAGACCACUGCGUCCCUCAGUGUAUGGACACUCGCGCCGGGAGGUUCAGACCUCGUUCAUGUGAGCAUCUGCACAAGCGUCUGUCUGCGCAUGUGAGUGUGUGUGGGGGGGUCGUUGAUGUCGAGGUGUAGCGCAUACGUUUCGCAGGUGCGAAGAUGGACAAGUAACGCAAAACGGAUUUUCUGGAGAUCCGGUGUCGAGCGGGGAGGCGGGAGGGGAGGGGAGACGCCGUGUUUCGGCAGUCUGGCGAGGGCUUGCCUUCCUCGAAGAGAGGAACCGGUUUGAGGCGGACGGCUUUUGCAGACGCGAACACAACGGUGGAAUCGACGUGGACAGUUCGGAGCGAGAAAGUCAGCGAGUCGAGUGUUUAUACGAACGACCUGUCUCUCCCCGAAGGAAAGGAAAGAAGGGAGUCACGCGACAGGACAACUUUUUUUCGCUUGAGAUUCGCGGCACUGGAAAAGUGCAACUGCUAGCGGUUCCCUGCCAAGAAGUCCAACUGAGCUGACGCGUGGAAAAAAACCAUUUUGACGGCUUCGCGUCUCUUGGCGCUCUUCCAUCUCG